AUGGUAGUCCAACCACUUGACGAUCAUGACCAGGAUUUCCGUGGACAGAUUCGCCAGGCACAAACCGCUGAUUGGCCGGCGAGAAAGAUGGGCUGCCCUGGAUUCAAGGGCUGCCUGCUGUUGCUUGAGACUCUGAGCCACGUCUCUCCAGCCAUCCUGCUGGGUCAAGGAGGGCUCGUCAUUCCCCAGAGAGGCCUCGCCCGAGGAUAUAUGGGCACCUUCUUGCCCCUCUACAUCGCGUACAUGCUGAUUGACGACCUGACCAAGGGUCUCAAGACGGCCAAGUUCCUCGCGGACCGAGGCCAGAUUUAG